UAUUCGUGGCGUGGUUGCUUUACGUAUACUCUGCAUUGGAGAAGAAUAGCCAAAGUUCAAAUCGCCCACGAAAACUGGUUCCAACAGCCGCUUUUUAUCCAGUGGAGUUAUCAGUUAAAACACUUUUUGGCUUCACCAGUUUUUGUUUUUUUUAAGACGUUGUUUUUAUUAAUAACUCCAUAUUCAAGUAAAGAUGACUGUCUUACUUGCUUUUGGAAUUGCCAUCGUUGCGUUGCCACCAGCAGCAGCCGAAGUCAUCAACACGUGCCAAGCUUUGCCGUCUCCGACACACAUGGACGUGAAGCAAGUGUCUUCAAACUACGAUGUCACUACCGUCCUUGCCACGACGGAAGCACGCAGCAACAUAGAGUGUAUCAUCAUGUGUAAAAUCUCACCAGAUUGUAUCUCUGUAUUCUACAACAGUCAAACUGGGAUUUGUUCAUUGUUGGAUGAAAUACAGUACUCGCCAGCGCUCGGGAAUGCGGUUUCAAUGGCUGGAGGCAUGCUAACCAAUGUUGUUCCGAGGGCUACUGAUCUUGAUCUCGAGAGUAAUCUGACAGUUUGUAAUGGCUCCCCGUGCCUCGUUUCUGGUAGAUGUAGAGAAGACUGUGAUCUUAAUGAACCUUUUUGUCUGGGAGAAUCAACUGACUGUGAUGAGACGCCAAUGUUCAAUAUUCAGCAGUGGUCAGGUACUUCCGUACACGCUCACGACACUGGGGUCGUCGUCAGCACUACUUACACCAAGACAAAAGACGCCAGCGGCUUGUAUCUGCUCUGGAGUGGGACGCUGAGAGCUGCUUACAACUGUGCAGGGUGCUGUGCGUCUUGGACCUUCACAAUAGAUGGCGCUGAGUGUUCAAACCCUUCCCCCAUUGACUAUGCAGAGUACCACGCAAGCAGAAAAGAUUAUCACCACCAUGUGGAGUUUUUUGGAAUCUGUUACGGGAUAAGUACGGGGACGAGAACUAUUGCCCUAAAAUACAAAGACUGCGAUGGAACAGUUCGCGACAGUUACGUGGGUUGGCAGGCCAGGUGGCGUUUUAUAAUGGCAGAAGUGGCGGAAACCACGGGAUCGGCCACAUGUGAGUCUCAAACAGCCUUCAAUAUUCAACAGUUUGCUGCACUUUCCCACACGUACACAACAAAUGAAAAUAUACAUUCGACGUCGCAUUAUGUAAAACGGGCAGCUGACACCGCUUUGCGAGUUCGCUGGAGUGGUAAUUUGUACGGGGAAGGCAACCAGAAAUGCAGUCGAUGGUAUUUCAAAUUUAACGGCGUGGAAUGCUCCAACCCUGGGUCCCUAGAGUGGGUGUUCUAUGUUAACGGUGGUCACGUGCCUCAGGUGAAACGAGGCUUUGCGUUUAAUGGGAUAUGUGAAGGUAUUGGUUCUGGAGCCAUUGUGAUAACGCUGCAUGUUGGAAACUGUACAAGCUCUGGUUACCCGCCCUACGAUGCAGAGACAGGGUGGAAAACCACAACUCACCUUAUAGUGGAAGAGACUAGACUUGGACAAGAUAUCAGUGCAGUUCUUGCCGCCAAUGGGACCACCAUCCGCCUGCCGUUCUACAACCGCGUGCAAGGCUAUUGGUAUGAUAUAUUCAGCGAUGCUGAUUCAGGCACUAUUCAGUCAAUCACUUACAACAAGAAGUCGAGCACCAGUGGAAUCCACGUCAUUUGGAGCGUCAACGUCCGGAUUGCUGGUAACGCGAAAUGUGCCAGAUGGUCCGUUACAUUUAACGGGGCACAGUGCUCUAAUCCCGGAAGUAUUGAGCACGUGAUGUAUCUAAAUGACGUCCAGAAUGCAGCAGCUUCGUAUUGGCAUCUUCCUGGUAUUGUCGAUGGCAUUUGUCUUGGAGUCGGGCGCGGUGACGUCACCAUUGCUUUGUUAGUCGGAACGUGCCCUUCACAUCAUGGGUCCAAUGCAUUUACCGGUUGGCGGUCUGGGACCUUCCUAAUGGUGGAAGAGGUGUUUCUUGGAGUCUAACAGUGUGCCAUAAUCUAAGAAGUGGUACUUCCAGACCUCUGAUUUGUCCAAUCCGUGGGCACCUGGAAGUGCUUUAUUUGCUGUGACAUGGAGAUGUAAAGAACGCUUGACACACGGUGUUAAAAGAUUUGUAAUAUAAGCAUUCUUUGUGCGUUGAUUAUUUUCCAAAAUUACCUUGGUGUGUUAAUUGUUCCCAGCUAUAAUGUAAUUAGUGUAUUAGUAAAAACUAGUGUAUUUGGGAUAGUAAAUGAGGUCCGAUGUAACACACCAGGGUCAACAAAAUAGCUCUGUUACUUCCAGAACAAUUGCGUCGACACAAUUGCCCUUUCACAUCUAGCGCAAUGCAUGUUGUCAACACAAUUGCUUUGUCACGUCUAGCAAAAUUGCGUCAACACAGAAUGCUCUGUCACAUCCAGAUUGCUUUGUAACAUCAACAGCUGAGAAAUAAUUUUAAACUGUUUGCUCUUAAAACAGUUUAAUUAAUAAAUUGUGUACCAGUUACUAUAGAUUAUGUUUGCCGUGGUACAUUAUUGUAACAUCAGUCAUUUAAAUUAAUUUAUCCUAAUUAAAUCAAAGAUUCGUACUAUUCACUACAUAAAAACUAUUUGGACAAAAACAAUAUCAAAUAACAAUAUGGCGUAUAUAUUGUGGUUUUAUAUAAUGCAUUUUAAAGUUGUUCAAAAUCAGGGAUGGUAAUCAUAAUGUUAUAACGGAGCAUCGAGGAAUUUCUUGUUUGAAUGGCACAAACAAAAACCUUUAAAA